CUUUCUGUCCGUCACGGUGUGGCCGUCAGUGUGACAAUCGCGAGGCCAUUUCACUUUUUCCACUUUUCCACUUUUUCCAGCGCCUUGACUCUGAGGAAGAGCUUUUCAGAAGCGCAGUGCUGACCUCUUCUUCAGAUACCUAGGUGAUUGCGAAGGUGUCUGUGAUAAUACUGGUUGUUCCUGCAAACGCCACCAUGGCCGCCGCUUGUCAUUUUUCGCACGCCUCGUUAUGCAGUAAGGCAUCAAUGGCGGGAACACAAUGCCAGAGUCACACCACAGGAGUGGCGUGCAGGGACUUAUCAUCCGUUGCAUUUCAAUGGGGUAACACAGCUCCUUGGCUGGGUAGGUCGAAGCUGACCGGACCGGCAAAGCGGAAUUUGCAGAUCAGGAAUGUUGGCUGGGAUCCUGAAGGAAUUCUUGCGCCUCCAAAGCCGGACCACAUAACCCGACGGAAGGUCAUGAAAGAUUGGGCCAAGGAUGCGGAGGCGAAAGAGAAAGCAAUGGCGGAGGCAAGGAAGGAACUGGAGCGAAGGGCAGAGGCUCGGAAUGCGCGCAAGGUGCCCGAGUCUAGCUUCGCCCUCAUAGAGUACCUGCUAGACACGGAAGCUCAGGAGAUGGAGUUCGAGAUCGCAAAGUGCCGGCAAAAGCUAACCGAUGCAUUCUUCCAAGAGCUUCGGACGGAGGUCGGGUCGCUCAAGUUCGGGGUCAACCAGUCGGAAGAUAUAAAGGACCGGGUUGUGGAAUUGGAGGCGCUCGAAAAGGUGUUAAAAGAGGGGAUUGAGGCCUAUGACAAGCUGACGUCAGACAUGAUCAGCGCCAAGGACCGGUUGACGCGGCUACUAACUUCGAAAGAUAAGAAGGCAACGCUGCUCGAGAUGGCUGGGGAGAACGAGUUGGACCGGCCGUUGCUCGCGCUCCUGGACGAGAACACGGCGCGAGCACGGGAGGCAGGCCAGGAGCAAGCGGCAGAAUUCAUGGAGAAAGUGCGGAUGGCUGUUCUCAAAUACCUGACCGUAUGACACAAAGCCGUUGUAAUAGAAUUUCCGCUUUACUUUUUUAUCUUGAGUUUGGGGACCGCAUAAGGCCUCUGUUUGUUUAAUCAGGUACCGCAAAAGUUAAGAUCGUACACCUUGAACAACAUGCUCCAGAACGUGGACAGACGGAUCAUAUUUUGCAUGUUGGCAUGGCAUCUUGCAAUUUGUAGUCAGUGACGAGUUGGGCCGCCCAAUCAUGCAGUUCCGCAUACAUGGGCCGUAAGUUUGUACCCUUGAGUGUUUAGCAUCAAAAAUCGCAAGUAGGGAACGUACCAGAUCAGCGCUCGGGUCCGGCCGAUCAUCCUUGUCCUUAUGUAAACCCGAAGCCUUCAACUUGGC